GAGAGCCCGAGACGCGCGCGAGCCAGCCCUCUUUGAUUUGCCGCUCCGUUAAACCUCCACAUCCACCUGGAGACCUGAGACCUGGACACCUGGAGACCUGGAGACCUGCAGACGCGGAUCUGGAGAAUAACUUUUUGACUCAAAUCUAUGCAUUUCUGGAAUAACACUCAACAACAACUGCGAAAAAGGAGUUUCCCUUCAUAAAUUAAAGAGGAGCGGACGACGUUUCAUUUUGGAACAAUGUAAGAAAACAGCUGUCGGUGAAUCUAUUCACAGUGGAGCUCAGUCGGAACUAUAACGGACAUUUAGAACUCCUCUCUGAGUUUUCCCAUCUCCUUUAAUCCAUUAACGCUUCAUCUGUUUUACUCAAUAUAAGACGACAUUGUCGUUUGUAACCAGGCGUGUUGUGGACUUAUCCCCAGGCUUUUGGAUUGCUGAAUGCCCUGUGAACGCACCGCGCUCUGACCACUGACACUAUGCAUCAAAGCAACUAACUUAAGGUUCUUGUGGAUCUCUGGGUUGACUGAUGCAGCCAUGGGCCAAUCGCUGGAUCUUUGAGAGCAACCUUCCUCCCCCUCCUCCUCCUCCACCACGUCCUCUUCCUCUUCCCCCAUCACUCCUUCUCUUCUUCCUUUGCCCUGCACAGCUGGACCUUUAGUCCUCCAAAGCCAGAAACCUGCCAUCAACCUGUGACGACUUCUCCUCGCCUUUAUCUGCAAACCAUGACCAGCAUUGUUCCUUGGAUCCCUGGCCAGUCACAGUGGCCUCUCCCACUGCUCCUCGUCUGUUUAGCCCAUGUGCUGCUGAUGGAGGGGUGUUGCCAUGCAGCGCCCUCCGGCCCAGAGUCUGACUCCUGCUCCACCCUAGUCCAGAGCCGCUUCUUUGGCUUCUUCCUGUCCUCAUCGGUGUUCCCCACCAUGCCUUGUUCCUGGACCCUGCAGAACCCUGAUCCACGACGCUACACCAUCUUCAUCAAAGUCACCAAACCUACUGAGGACUGUGUGCCGUCGCAGCUCCGUACCUUCCAGUAUGACUCCUUCCUGGAGACCACGCGCACCUACCUGGGCAUGGAGAGCUUCGAUGAGGUGGUGAGGCUGUGUGAUUACUCCGCCCCGGUGGCCUUCCUGGAGGCCGGGAAGCAGUUUCUCCAAAUGAGGAAGGGACCGCAUCGGGCUGGGAAGGCAAUCACAGACGGCAACGGGGAUUUCAAAACAGAAUACCUGGUGGUGGGGAAGCGCAACCCUAGCAUGGCAGCCUGCCAGAUGCUGUGCCAGUGGCUGGAGGACUGUCUGACCUCCAGCACGUCUAACAGGCCCUGUGGCAUCAUGCAGACUCCAUGUCUGUGUUGGGAGCCGCCACCACAACUCAGCGAGGGCGAUAGCUGCUAUCACAAUGGAGUUUACCUGGAAAACUGUUUACCCUCCGUCAAAGAGAGCGGAAAGAAUGCCGAGAUAAAUGGUGGCUGGAGUGCGUGGGGCCAGUGGGCCCAGUGCAGCAGCGAGUGUGGAGGCGGGAUUCAAACGCGGGUUCGGAGCUGUCAGUCACCUCCGGAGGAGUCCUACCUGUGUGAAGGUGUGGUGGAGGAGGGCCGGCCGUGCAACGCACAGCCCUGCACCGGCAAAGGUCGCCACUUCUCUCGCAGCCAAUCGCUUCGCUCGGUGGACAGCCGCAAGCGUGAUGACGUAGAGAAGCCCCGCAGCGGACAGCAGAGCUCUCAGACAGUAGACACAGCUUCAGGUGAGGAGUGGUCAGCGUGGAGUGUGUGUUCUGCCACGUGUGGGGAGGGCUGGCAGAGUCGCACUCGUUUCUGUGUGUCCUCCUCCUACAGCACCCAGUGUAGUGGGCCACUGCGUGAGCAGAGACCUUGCAACAACUCUGCUGUUUGUCCAGUUCCUCUGAUUGCAGUGCACGGCGCUUGGGACGAGUGGUCACCGUGGAGUUUGUGUUCAUCAACUUGUGGCCGAGGUUACAGGUCCCGGACCAGAACCUGCACUCCCCCACAGUUUGGGGGAGAUCCCUGUGAUGGCCCAGAGAAACAGACUAAAUUCUGCAACAUAGCUGUCUGUCCAGUGGAUGGUGUGUGGAACGAGUGGUCCAGCUGGAGCUCCUGUUCUGCUUCCUGCUCUAACGGGACCACGCAGAGGACCAGAGAGUGUAACGGGCCCUCGUACGGAGGAUCGGAGUGUCGAGGAGAAUGGCUGGAGACCGUCGACUGCUUCCUGGGGGAGUGCCCAGUGGAUGGCAAGUGGCAGACCUGGUCUCUGUGGUCGGGCUGCUCUAAGACCUGUGGAGGGGGGAGCCAGCAGAGGAACAGGGUUUGUUAUGGGCCCUUCUUUGGAGGGCAGCCGUGUCCUGGAGAACGAGAAGAGGUCCGGCACUGUAAUGAGAAGAGAUGUCCAGAACCUCAUGAAAUCUGCGAUGAGGACAACUUCUCCAACGUGGUGUGGAAGAUGACUCCAGCUGGAGACACAGCCGCCGUCCGCUGUCCCCCCAAUGCCAUGGGGCUCAUCCUGCGGCGCUGCUCGCUGGACGAGGAGGGCAUCGCCUACUGGGAGAACCCCACCUACAUGAAAUGCAUUUCUAAUGAUUACCGCAGUAUACAGACUUUGACUCGGGAGCACCUGUCCAAAGCGCAGCGUGGCCUUGUGGGAGAUGGAGUCUCCGAGGUGAUGACCAAGCUGAGGGUGACCUCCAGUGAUGGAACCAGCUACAGCGGAGAUCUGUUGGCCAUCCUGGACGUGCUGAAGAACAUGACGGAGAUCUUCAGGAGGGCGUACUACAGCCCCAGCAGCACAGACAUGAGGAACUUUGUGCAGUCAGUCAGCAAUCUGUUGAUGGAGGAAAACAGGGAGAGAUGGGAGGAAGCACAACUGUUGGGGCCGAACAUCAAAGAGCUGUUCCGUCUGGUGGAGGACUUUGUGGACGUCAUCGGUCUGAGGAUGAAAGACUUCCAAGACAUGUAUGAAGUCACUGAUAACCUAGUUUUGAGCGUCCAUAAGCGUCCAGUUGUGGGUCAUGCAGACAUCAGCUUCCCUAUGAAGGGCUGGAGGGGCAUGGUGGACUGGGCCCGAAGCUCUGAGGACAGAGUCACCAUCCCAAAGAACAUCCUGUCGACUGGCAAGCCAGAUGCAGACGAGUCCUCCACGUUUGUAACCGGCAUCGUUCUGUACAGAAACCUGGGCAGCAUCCUGACUCUGCAGAGAAACAGCACAGUCCUCAACUCCAAGGUUCUGUCUGUGGCCAUCAAGCCCUCACCUGCUUCCCUCUCGGCUCCGGUUGUAGUCGAGUUCUCUCAUCUCUACAACGGAACAACCAACCAGACCUGCAUAUCCUGGGACGAGAGUGACAGCUCCUCUCUGCUGGGAUCCUGGUCUGCCAGGGGCUGCAAAGCCGUGCUAGUCGACUCAUUCAGAACCAAAUGCGUGUGUGACAGACUGUCCACCUUCGCCAUUUUAGCACGGCUAAACCCCGACAUGAACAUGGAUAAGACACAGCUCCCCUCCGUGACGCUGAUCGUGGGCUGUGGAGUGUCUUCACUCACAUUGUUGCUGCUCAUCAUCAUCUAUGUUUCUGUCUGGAGGUACAUACGGUCAGAGCGCUCUGUGAUUCUCAUCAACUUCUGCCUCUCCAUCAUCUCCUCCAACGCUCUUAUUCUCAUCGGACAGACACAGACACGGAAUAAGGUCUUGUGCACCCUGAUUGCUGCGUUUCUUCAUUUCUUCUUCCUGUCGUCGUUCUGCUGGGUGCUGACGGAGGCGUGGCAGUCCUACAUGGCGGUGACGGGCCGCCUCAGGAACCGCAUCAUACGCAAGCGUUUCCUGUGUCUGGGCUGGGGUCUCCCUGCGUUAGUCGUGGCCAUCUCAGUGGGAUUCACCAAGGCAAAGGGAUACGGAACACCGAGCUACUGCUGGCUGUCUCUGGAAGGAGGGCUUCUCUAUGCAUUUGUUGGACCUGCUGCAGCUGUUGUCUUGGUUAACAUGGUUAUUGGGAUUCUCGUUUUUAACAAACUGGUGUCCAAAGACGGCAUUACUGAUAUGAAACUAAAGGAGAGGGCGGGUCAGAUGACAGUGCCACUGUACAAUAUGACGCUCAAAUGUGCCAAGUGCGGAGUUAUCUCUUCGGCUGACGUUUCCACCACAGCUACCAGUAACGCCAUGGCCUCACUGUGGAGCUCCUGUGUGGUGUUGCCCCUGUUGGCCCUCACAUGGAUGUCAGCUGUUCUGGCCAUCACAGACCGCCGCUCCGCACUGUUCCAAAUCCUCUUCGCUGUCUUUGAUUCACUGGAAGGCUUCGUCAUCGUCAUGGUGCACUGCAUCCUCCGGAGAGAGGUCCAGGAGGCGGUGAAGUGCCGGGUGGUGGACCGACAGGAGGACACUAACGGAGACUCAGGAGGAUCUUUCCAGAACGGCCAUGCUCAGCUCAUGACUGACUUUGAGAAGGACGUGGAUAUGGCGUGCAGAUCAGGCACUAUGAAGCGCUCCUCCCUCCAAGGGGAGGAGAAGGCCUCCUCCGGGGCCCUCAACCUCCAGAAAGGUUCUAACUUUAACACCAUGCCGGCCAGCAUGGCCAAGGUCCACCUCCAGAACGUGACGGACUACACCAGCCACACCCUGACGCUGCGCCGGGAGAAGGGUCCCGCCAAGGGGAUCAGCACCGAGCUGCCGGGGGCCAAGUCCAUCUACAUCUGUGACGGGGAGCUCUUCAAACAGCUGGACGGAGAUCUGCCCCGGGGGAACGGGGAGGGCAGCAGCUCCGAGGGCGGGGGCAAAGGCCCGGGGUACGUCAUCCUGCCCCCCAACAACACGGGGACCCUGAAGCCGGCCAAAGGGAAGGAGGAGGCCAAGUACAACAUCAGCAUCGAGCAGCUGCCUCAGACCAGGCUCAUCCACCUGGCCAACCCCGCCAGCGGGGAGCCGGUGCCCGGCUUCGGCCUGAAGAGCCUCCCUGCUGACCAGAUCAGUGUCUCCUGCUCCGACAGAGACUCACCUGCACACAACCUGCACAACGUGCCCAGAGACUCCCAGGUGGCCAACAGCAUGUGUGACGGGGGAGAUAACGGGAACUCUGGAGUGAUCUCCAAGAGUGAGACGGUGUCCACGCUGUCCAUGAGCUCCCUGGAGAGACGAAAAUCGCGCUAUGCAGAGCUUGACUUUGAGAAGAUUAUGCACACCCGGAAACGCCACCAGGACAUGUUUCAGGACCUGAACAGGAAGAUUCACAGUGCAGACAAGGAUAGAGAAUCUCCACCUGUUGAUGCCAAAGCUGCCAAAAGAUGGAGUGUGUCCUCAGCCAGCAGUGACAAGACCAACAUGAGUGACAAGCAGCAGACUCCCAGUAAGAGGGCGUGGGAGGGCAUCAGGAAGCCCCACUCCCCCCCCUCCUGGGUGAGGAAGGACCUGGAGACGGUGGCGGCGUCUCCUCUGGAGCUGCAGACGGUGGAGUGGGAGAAGACCAGCGCUACCAUCCCUCUGGUGGGCCAGGAGAUCAUGGACCUGCAGACAGAGGUGUGACCAACAUUCAGGCCUCACACCCACUACUUCCUGUUUUUUUUUCUCCAACGCUCUCAGACAAACAAAAAGCAGAAAAACCACACACUGCCCUGCUCUGUGUUCCUUCUCAAAGGCUGGAUGGAGAUGAAGGCCGUGUGAGGACGUGAGGGUAGGGAGGGCAUGAGGAGAGAAGCGUCACAAUAUCAGAAAAUUGAUUAAACCAAUUAAAGAGAGAACAGGAAAACAGUGUCUCUUUCUGUGUUUUUUUAUUUGAUGUUUGGAUGUUUUGGUUGUUUUUUUUUGUCUGCAAACUGCUGGUCAUCUCCCUGUAUGUGUGUCAGAUACACAGUGGCUCACAUGGUGGACAGGUUACCAUGGUAACACAUCCAGCUACUAUAUGUGCAUCAUAUAGUCAUGUAAUAAAACUCAUCGCAAAGGUAAUCAUGCAAUGUUUACCCCUGUAUUAAAUGAAUACAAUGUAAUAAUCAUGAUUACGUCUAUUUUUUUGAAUCCCUGUUGAGAGUAUUGUUGCAUCACUGUCCUGCUCUCUCCUCAUCAUCAUCAUGAUGAAGCUGUGGUAAACAGCUCCAGAUGCCUCGGGACUUGUUUUUUUUUUUUUCUUCAACACCAAUCUCUAAAGAGAAACCAACAAAUGAGGCAGACUGUCAAACAUUCACCAACGUGGCGCUCAAUGCAGUCCCCUCGUCCCUACAACUCACCCCGGUCCUUCUGGCUCCACCACGUCCCCCCUCACGGCCCUGAUGGGGCGAGCUCAGCCCCACAGUGACACCCGAGGGGAGAGGGGGUAAAAAAAAAUCAAUCAUGUUUCCCUGAGCCAACAUGGCAAGUUGCCUUCUCAUCGACGGACCCCUCAGAGAGCAGGUUGGAGGGCCUGAAGCCCCCAGAGAGCUGCAACACGGACGCUUCAGGGUCCAGAAGGAGCCACGAUCAGCAAAAACAUGCUGUCAGAAUCAGUUUCUCCAUGUACAAGCCGGCUUGGUACAGUAAAUGCAAAGUAUGAUGCUAAGGAAAAGGUACUUGUGUGUGAGAGUAUGUAUGUAUGUGUGAAUGAUGAGUGAAUGUGUAGCUAUAUAAAUAUAUCUGGUUGAUGGUUGAUGGUGGUGGUUUCUGCAGCAGGAGGAUCAGAGGGCUGGUGGUUGCACACAGAGAAAGCACAAGGCUCAUUUUGGAGUCCUGAUGUACAGCAUUGUAAUUAUUUCAACAGAGUACUACAGAAUGGAUUUUAGCCUAUAAAUAUCUUUCUUACUGUGCUUGGGGAUAGUUGUUAUCAUUAUUCUAAAUAUGAACAUGAUUAUUCUGAUACUGAUCCUCCCAUUCCCUCCUCGUCCUUCCAGGGUAUUGGACUAUACGAGUGUUCUG